UUUACCUAUUUUGAUUGUUCCAUUCCAUUCAUUCAUCACUAUAUCUCUUUUCCUACUUCCCGGGACUCCUUUUUCCAACAACCACAGUCAAUAACCAUCGCUUAUGCCUCUCACAAUUUCAACCCUUUUCAAGUUUCACCAUUUCCAAGGUUGAACAAUCCAAGCGUGUAGGAGAGAGGUAAAGACAUUGGCUAUGGCCACUAGGUUUCCUGGAGUUGACAAUGAGUUGCAGAAGAUUUUGGAUGCUAAUAUGGAUCAUGUUCAUGCUAGAAGACUAGCUCGUGAGUCCUUCAAGGAUAUUCAGCUUGGGAUUGAUCACAUACUCUUUAAGACUCGAUGCGAUGGACUGAUAAUGAAGGAGUCGUAUGAGAGGAAUUCAAAGGGUGUUGAAAUCUUCUACAAGAGUUGGCUUCCUGGAACUGCCAAGCCGAAAGCCGCCGUGUUUUACUGUCAUGGUUAUGGAGACACUUGUACCUUUUUCUUUGAAGGAAUAGCGAGAAAAUUGGCAUGUGCUGGAUAUGGAGUGUUUGCUAUGGAUUAUCCAGGAUUCGGUCUUUCAGAAGGUCUUCAUUGCUAUAUUCCGAGUUUUGAUUCGCUAGUUGAUGAUGUCAUCGAGAUUUACUCCAAAAUCAAAGAAAAUCCAGAAUUCCAAUCUCUUCCAAGCUUCCUCUUUGGACAAUCCAUGGGAGGAGCUGUUGCUUUAAAGAUGCACCUUAAACAACCUAAGGCAUGGGACGGCGCUGUUCUUGUUGCACCAAUGUGUAAAAUUGCAGAUGAUAUGGUUCCACAGAAGUUGCUAGCUCAGAUUCUUAUCGGCAUCGCUAAUAUUCUACCAAAGCUAAAGUUAGUUCCUCAGAAGAAUUUAGCAGUAGCGGCAUUUAGAGAUCUGAAGAAGAGAGAAAUGACAGCUUAUAAUGUCAUUGGCUACCGUGAUAAACCGCGUUUGUGGACUGCUGUCGAGAUGCUUAAAACCACUCAAGAAAUCGAAAAGAGAUUGGAAGAAGUAUGUUUGCCAUUGUUGAUCCUUCAUGGAGAGGCUGAUAUUGUGACGGAUCCGUCGGUGAGCAAAACAUUUUACGAGAAAGCUAGCAGCUCGGACAAGAAGCUUAAACUUUACAAAGAUGCUUAUCAUUCUCUUCUUGAGGGGGAGCCUGAUGAAAUGACAAUCCAAGUUUUUAGUGAUAUUAUUUUAUGGCUUGAUGAACACAGCUUGAAACAUUCUUCAUUUUCCUCUAAUUGAUUUAUUUUUUGUGUAUUUUAUGAAUAUUGAGAUUGUUCUUUUAAUGGUGAAAAGGAAGUUUUCCAUUGUUUGUAUAUAA